GGCAGGCGGACGGCCGAGAGCCGACGGCGUCGCUCCCACGUCCCGCCGGCCGCGCGCUCCGGGUCGGCGCUCUCCCCAGGCUCGGCUGCUCCCGCGUCGGGCCCGCCCCCGCCACAGCCCGGCCGGAUGGCGCCUCAGCGGAGGGGCGCGCCCCGGGAUGCAGAAGGAAGCGGCGCGGCGGAGCGGCGGCGGCCGGGCAGCACUCAGCGUGGGCAGCUGAAUCCUGUUCUCAGCACCAGGAAGGACCGGGUGCCUGGGGAGGCACCGCAGCCUUGGCUGAAGGCCCUGGGCCUGGGGGCCGUCCUUGCGCUGGCCGCGCUUCUGCUCUGCAGCAGUCUGGGGACUGAGGAUGGUGUUGCGGAGGCCCUGGCCCUCCGUGGUGAGGUCCUGACAGGAAAGUUCAUCGAGGUGCCCUGCUCUGAUGACUACAACGGUCACCGAAGGUUUGAAGGCUGCACCCCCAGGAAGUGUGGCAGAGGUGUCACCGACAUCGUCAUCUCCAGGGAGGAGGCAGAACGCAUCCGCAGCGUGGCGGAGAAGGGGCUCUCCCUGGGAGGAUCCGACGGAGGGGCGUCCAUCCUGGACUUGCACUCAGGGGCCCUGUCUUUUGGGAAGCACUUUGUGAACCUGUACAGAUACUUUGGGGAUAGAAUACAAAAUAUCUUCUCUGAAGAGGACUUCCAGUUAUACCGGGACGUGCGGCGGAAGGUCCAGCUCACCAUUGCCGACACUUUUGGCAUCAGUGCAUCCUCACUGCAUCUGACCAGGCCCACGUUCUUCUCUCGCAUAAACAGCACAGAAGCCCAGACAGCCCACGAUGAGUACUGGCACGCGCACGUGGACAAGGUGACCUACGGCUCUUUUGACUACACCUCCCUGCUGUACCUCUCUGACUACCUGGAGGACUUCGGAGGAGGGCGCUUCGUGUUCAUGGAGGACGGGGCCAACAAGACGGUGGAGCCCAGGGCCGGCCGGGUCUCCUUCUUCACCUCCGGCUCCGAGAACCUCCACCGCGUGGAGAAGGUGCGCUGGGGCACGCGCUACGCCAUCACCAUCGCCUUCUCCUGCAACCCAGACCACGGCAUUGAGGACCCAGCGCUUAGGUAGCGAGGAGGAGCCCCGCCCAGGGCACCCUUGUGUGGGGACUCCGUCCUCCAGCGAGGGCCACACCCUGGGCGGUGCCCCGCCCGCCCUCGGCCCUGUCCCCGCACACAGUGCCUUAGGAAUUAUCCUCCGCGUCCAUUUGCUGAUGUUUUAAUCUUUUCACCUGUGAAUAAAUGAGAGGAUUCUCCUUGUCACCUCA